AUGUCGCGCGCGGCGGCCAUCGCCAGCUCGCUGAUGCGUCAGAAGCGCCAAGCGCGCGAACGUGAGAAGGCGAACACGUGCCGCGGCGAUGCCAACGAGGGCGCCAGCAGCAAAUUGAACGUGUUUGCGCGCGUCAAUUUGUUCGGGGGCCGCAAGAAGAGGAAGAGGAGGAGGCCGCCAGAGCCCCAGUUGAAGGGCAUUGUGACUCGGCUGUCCAGUCGUCAGGGCUUCCAGCUACAGCUCCAGUCGGACGGAACUAUCGACGGAACCAAAGAAGAAGACAGUUCCUACGCCGUGUUCAACCUGAUCCCCGUGGGACUUCGAGUGGUCGCCAUCCAGGGUGUUCAAACCAAACUGUACCUGGCCAUGAACAGCGAGGGCUUCCUAUACACCUCUGAACACUUCACACCCGAGUGCAAGUUCAAGGAGUCGGUGUUUGAGAAUUACUACGUGACCUACUCGUCCAUGCUGUACCGCCAGCAGGCGUCCGGUCGGGCUUGGUACCUUGGACUUAACAAGGAAGGCGCCAUCAUGAAGGGCAACCAUGUCAAGAAAAACAAAGCGGCUGCACACUUCCUCCCCAAACCACUUAAAGUGGCCAUGUACAGAGAACCGUCCCUUCACGACCUGACUGAGUUGUCCCGGUCCAGCAGCGGCACGCCGACCAAAAGUCGUAGUGCUUCGGCACUGCUUAACGGAGGGAAAUCGCCCAGCAACAAUGACCUAUCGUAG